AUGCAAAAAGCUGUGAUUCUUUUUGUGGUUCUCUGUGCAAUCGCGUGUGUUAAUACUCUGCCAGCCUCGAAAAAACCACCCACACAAAUCACCUACGAGAGAUUGAGGAAAUCUCCGAAGGACUUACGGCUAAUAGCAACAGUCAGUAUUCUAAAUGGUGCCUUAAAAGCUGAAGAGAAGAUGGAGGUGCAGCUGGAGAAGAUGGCUAAGGAUUUCUAUGCAAAUGCUGAAUCUUCCUCAAAGGAAGAAAACCUCCGGAAGAUCAGGCAGAUUGAGAAGUUCAUGACGCGUGAUCGCCGGGCUAUUGCGAUGUUAAGCGCAGCUCUGGAUCUUGCUAAGGUCAAUUCUUCAGUGGAUGAUUACAGAAGGGCCCUACAGACGACUGUUCGGAAUCUAGAACCCUAUCCGCUGAAGAUUAAGGACAAUGCCGGCAAUGUUACUCAGCAAAUGAAGGCAUUGAAAUUUCAAAUUGAUACUCACAUCAGCAUGAUGCAUAAAACUCUCGAAGAGAAAGGUAGACAGACACUGAAGUACCUGAAAGCCCAAGAGCCGAAAGCUUUCGCCAAGGCCACGGUGCGGAAAGAAGAGAAGAAACCCACCAAACCACCCAAUCCAUCCAGUCCAGAACCAGUCGCUCCUCAAGGUCCCCAAGGUCCAUAUGCAGGCACUUUCUUGUCGUACGUGCCCCUUUCACACCCGCCUGUCUUUUUCACAGUCAACGCCCUUACAGACUUUACAAAUUCCCCGGAUUUUGUUGCUCCCUACGUUGAAAGAUCCAGGCGCCAGGAUGACAAAACAUCCGAAGAAAAUUCAAAUGCCAUCGACAAUACCAGCAAAAAUAGCAACAGCGAACUAAGUUUAUCGGAAGAGGACUCUGGGGAUGAGGAUCGACCAGGAGGACUCGUUGGACUCAUUGCUUCCCUCAGUGGAGGAGAUGAAGGAUCGGAUGUUGGAGCCCUACUAGGGGCCCUCACGGGAGUUGUAACCAAUCUCUUUGGGCCCGGUGGACUGGACAUUCCGUCUUUGUUGAGUUCUGGAACGUCACUCCUUGCUGGACUCCUUGGGACAGCUAAUUCUCCAAGAAGUAGUGCACGACUCCUUGGAAGGAUUCCGGCGAAGGUGUCCUGGGACAGCUCAUCCUUCAUCCAUUGUCUUCAGGAGCGGUGUUCCCAUUCAACGGCAAACCGGAUCCAUUGCCAAAUCUUCAGCCUGCAGUAUUUCUUUAAGGAAACAUCGCAGGAUCCAUCAUCGAGUCCUGUCUCCGGUGAUCCAACGAUAUUCUAUCGUUAG